CUAAUUUUAAAAAAAAUGGAAAGUAAUGUUAAGUUUGAUCAAUCCAAUUUUUAUCAUUAUAAAAACAGAUUAUCUCCAAUAGGACAGAAAAUAUUUGACGCUUUAAUUAAUAAUUUUAAUAAAGAACAGUUCUACAAUAACAAUAGCUUUUAUAAAACAUGUGAAAGGAAUUAUGGACAAAAAAGAAAAGUAAUGAGAUUUGAUGAUUCUAGUAGAGCAAGGCCGGCAAUAUUCAGUCAAAAUGAACCAUUGAACAACAGCUUGUGCUAUAACAGAAAACUUGCUUCAACUAAUAACAGAGAUAUAAUAAAUGACAAUGCUGUUGGUACUAUUGACGAUAGUUGUUUUGUUAGACCUGCAACAUUAUUUCAGCUUGGUUCAAAACCAAAUAAUGUUAGCUCCAGUGUUACAUCAGCAGAGAUGCUUAACUUUAAUGUAGUCCAACAAAACACUUAUAAUUCCUGUGUUACCCCUGCCCAGUUGCUUCAGAUUAAUCCGGAACAAAAUUUUGCAGAAGAUAACCUUGUAGAUAAUGCAAAACAUGUUCAUACACAUAUCAAGGCCACAGCAUUUUUCGAAGUUAAUGCGAAACGCGAUAUAACAGAAACCGCCCCUGCAGAAUUCCUUGCAAAUCUACAAAAUUCUAGAUUACCUUUAGAAGGCAAUUCUAGUGUUUGUAGACACGACCUUUUGCGGCCACUUGAUAAGAAUAUUGGUUAUAAUAAAUCAAUGGCUGAAUCUUACAAUGAAAAUAUAAAUAUGUUUAAUUUGACGGCUUCCACCCCAACAGAUGGAAAUGAAAUGCGACAGGAUGUUUCGUGGAGCGAAAUGUUUGAUACUGAAUUACUACCUUAUACUUCAGUUCCUUUGGUGAAAGAGAAAAUUACCACAUCGCGAAAUACUAAAAUUAAGAAAGGAAAGGUCAAUAAAAAUAAAUCAGAAAAGGAUGCGAUGGUGAAAUCUGUGAAACGUAAGAAAGAAUUAAAUAAAGAAAAGACACCGAAAAUACUGAAACAGACAAAUAUAAACGAUAAGCAAAGCAGAGUAAGGAAAGAAAAAUAUACAAAAACGGUGAAGAAGUGGCUCGAUAGCGUGGAUCCCAACAAUCCAGUAGAUGCCGAAGUGAUUCCAGAUAAUAGCGAAAUUAUAACUUCGAAAGAUGCCGUCGAAUCAGAAGUUACAACUUAUAAUUUAGAUCAAAUAGUCAAAGAUACACUAGUUCCAAAGCAUAACAGCGCUAAGAAAAUAAUACAAGCUCAGUUAGCAAAUAAAGGAGGGAUUAUGAAAUUUUGUAAACCUGAAGAUCCACAAGAAGAUAAGGUUUCUUCGGGAGAUUCCGCUGUGGAAACUAUCAACAAAGCGGCAAACAAGGUUACUGUUAAGAAAGGAAAACCAAAAUUCAUUGCGCCUUUAAAAUCCCAGUUGCCCGUGAAAGAGGUUGAAUUUAAUUUGGUGUCUGUAGAUGAUUGUAACUGGGAAGAACACAUCCAAAAGAAACAAAAUUCUAACUCCAUUGAACUAUUCGCGGUUCUAACGUAUAGUAAUGGUUUCAAUCAAUUGAACAAACAGUUUACUGAAGACGAAUGUGUUCCCGACGGUGUAAUGCUUCUUAUUGAUGAGGAAUUUUAUUAUUUUAAGAAGAACGGGGACAAAUUCAGUAACAUCAUCAUAAGGUUUCUGGAAAACAAGACAGUCGUCUGUUACGACGGGAAAGAUAUCUUGAUUUUCUUUAAAUGUAACUUCGACGAUGAAGUCGAUUUUAUAAUGAGGGACGUGAAGAUUGGGGGUAGCUUGCUAGAGCCCGACAACCUCACGGAUUCAUUCGGCGACCUCCAAAAGAUGUUGGGCUCCGCUCCUCAGUACAGCAUCGCCGCGGAGAGCCGGCUGCAGAAGACCGCCUCGUACCUCACGCUGCUGAGGGACUGCGCUGGCAAACUGAAGACGAAACUAGUGGAACAGGCUUUAUGGAGCUUGUUUGAGAACAUUGAAAUGAAAGUGCUGCCUAUUAUUGCCGAUAUGGAGUUCCGAGGCAUCCACGUGAACACAGAGAAGCUGAAAUCCAUGGAAGGCAUCCUGCUAUCUCGCAUGAAGGGCGUCGAGUCAGAGUGUCACCGAGCAGCUGGAAAGAGCUUCCAGAUCACCUCCCCCGCGCAGGUGGCCGCCAUCUUGUACGACGAGCUGCAGCUCCACACAAGGUGUAAUCUCACUGUGAAGGAGACGAUGAGCAAGGGAGCCAAGUCUACGUCUGAGGCUAUGCUGCGCUCCUUAGUGCCAUGGCAUCCUCUGCCAGGGCUUAUCCUGGAGUACCGGAGACUCCACAAGGCUCACGCGACUUUCCUGGCUGGCAUCGGGCAGCACGUCAAAGAUGGCGUCCUCAAACCUACUUGGGUUCAGACUGCAGCCGCGACGGGCCGCGUGGCCGCAAGCAAUCCUAACGUGCAAGCUAUUCCGAAGAUUCCGUUCAGCGUCAGCUCCAAUGCCGAUAAUGCUGGUAGGGAAGAAGAGACAUUAAACCUGCGCUCGGUAUACGAGGCCCGGCCGGGGUGCCUGCUGCUGGCGGCAGACUUCAAGCAGGUGGAGUGCCGCGUGUUCGCGUGCGCCGCCGCCGACACCGUGCUGCUUGAAGCUCUGCGUUCUGGGGAAGAUCUCUUCACUGUCUUGGCGGCCAAGUGGCUCAACAAGCCGGAACAGGACAUUGGGGCGGAAGACCGGGAGCGAACCAAGCGCAUCGUGUACGCGCGGCUGUACGGCGCUGGGGUGCGCAAGCUCAUGGACAUCCUCGGCGUCAGCUACGAUCAGGCCUUGAGCGUCAGUGCCAGCUUCGAUAGAACAUUUCCGUCGCUGAAAGCGUUCGGCCAGUCGGUACUGCGCGCGUGCGCAGAGGGGCGCGCGCCGCGCACGGCGGCGGGGCGCGCGCGGCCGCUGCCCGCGCUGCGCAGCGCCGACGCCGCGCAGCGUGCGCACGCGCAGCGACAGGCUAUCAACUUCUUGGUGCAAGGUACAGCGGCGGACGUGUGCAAAGUGGCGAUGUCGAGUGCGCACGCGCAGCUGAAAGCAGCUGGCAUCAAAGCGCACCUGCUGCUGCAGAUACACGACGAGCUGGUGUGGGAGGUGGCGCAAGAGCAGAUCAAUGAAGCCUAUGCCGUGAUAGAAGCCGCGAUGGAGGGCAGCGGGCGCGGCGCGGGGCUGGCGGCGGCGCUGCCCGUGGUUCUGCGCGCGGGCGCCAGCUGGGGGGAGCUCCACCACUCUACUGCACUCGCUUCAUAAUUAUUUUGACUGUAUAAUUACCUAUAGGAAAUUUUGUCCUUUAUUUAGUAGCGCUCGGUACGUAAGAAUACCGAUACGUAAGUUAAUUAUACGAUUAACGAGUCUGUGCAAAAUUUCGCCAUAUUUUUUGUUCAUUGGUGAAUUUAAGUUUAAUGUUGAAGACACACGCGCUAAGCACGUUUGAA